UGCUCUUACUUGGUGGGUUCCUCUGAGCGGUCGAAUAAGUUAAUAUUUCUGCAAACGGAAAACACCAUGAUCUUCGAUGUUAUCGUUACGUCGCUUGGUUAAAUAAGACUGAAGUUCAGUGGGGUCACUAAAUGGAGUUGUCGCCGUAGCUAUUCGUUCAUCGACGAGAUUGGAUAGCCUGCCGGUAAGUAGUGGUAGUCGAGACGGCGUUGUUACGGUCCGUGAAGUGUAUGAUACGAGAGUUGAAUGCUGCUGCCACAGUGGCUGCUGCGGGUGUGUCAACUGCCAGGUGGAAUGAAUGCGUUGCCACAGUGCAGUGAAGAGAAGGAUGGAGAGAGAGAUGGAGUGAGUUAAUUGCUGGCUUGUAUAAGAUGUGAUGGAAUAGCAGGGCCCUGCCGCAUCAGUCUUCGCUGGAGGUUCAGCUCUGGUCGUCAUCCUCGCGUUUGUCGGGAUACAUACAGAGACAUAUUUUUACGGGGAGAUGGACAGAUAGGAAAGAUUCCCAAGUUUUAUACGCUCAGGGCAGCGGCGCCACUCUUGCCUGCCUUGCUUGAUCGUGUGGAAGCCUGACAGGGGACCUCUGGUGUUUGGGUUUGUUUCAAAUGUAUUGCCUGAUCUCAUUCUGAUCUCGUGUCGCGUUGCUGUUCGACGUCUCUCACGAGACUUGCGUUACGGAAUUAUUUGUUUGCUGGAUCAAUUUCUAGCAGUAGACAGUUGCUGCCGAGAGUAGAUCUUGCAGGACAGUUGCUCAGCUGAAGCGCCAAAACCAAUUCUGUAGGAAUUGAAUUCGGCUUCAUUUGUCUCGAAGGGGUUAUUUCUGGCGCGUGAAGAUGCAGUCAGCCUAGUGCAACCUCCUGACAUGGAUCGCUGGCUGCGUUCGUAGUUUUGAGAUUCUAGAUAAAAUUCUUGAACAGCUGGAGGGGGUUUGUGGUUGUGGGUGAACAACGCGAGCCAGCAAGCGAUGGACGCUGUCGUCGACCAUGUGCAGAGGCCCGUGAUCACCAACCCCAGCGAGUGGGAAGAGUCGUACAAACCACUGCCCUGCCUCUUCUUUGGCCUUUUGAUAAUAUGGGUGGUGUUGGUAUUUGCGUGGACUUUCAACACGUGGACCAAACGGCAAUUGCAGACUAGUAACUUGCAAUGGAUGUUGACGGCUGUUCCAGUUCUCAAAUCUCUAGUUCUCGCCCUCUCCUUCAUAUUCUGGUAUUCGUGCCUGAAUUCAAGCACCUGCUCCUUCUGGGUAGCUUUUGGAGUUUUUGUCUCGCGAAUAUUCUUCGAGACUGUGUGCUUUAUGGCAUUCCUGUUAAUUGCCCAUGGCUACUGCAUCAUGCAUGAUCAACUUCCCGUGACAGAACGCCGCAGCAUAGCCGGCCUUGCUUCGCUCCUAUACUUGACCCUUACCGGCUACAAGGCGGCUGUUCCACAAUUCACCGUUUUGGUGGUGUUAAUUUAUGGCUUGAUCCUUUAUGUCAUCAUGGUACACAUUGCCCGCAACCUUUCGCUGCUUAGAGAACAGCUUCAGCUGAUUCAGGACGAAGGCGUCCACAUGAUGCACACUGCUGUUUACAUCAAGUACACAAUGUUCAAGAGGUUUCAGCGUGGAAUGCUUAUGAUGGUUAUUGCUGAAAUUUUGAUGCAUGCACGAUCCGAUGGCACGGCUAAUGAGUAUUGGAUGCGCUUGCUUAUGCGAGAAUGUUCGGAGAUUGUCAUUUUCUUUUACAUUGGAUGGACCUUCCGAUCUAGAGAGCUGACUCCAUUUUUUACAGUCAUUCCUACUCUACAUUCCUCUGGUCAGCGUAUCUUGCCACCUAUUUACAGCGUUGAGAUUAAUGAGAAGCAAUUCAACAACUUGAAUCACAAAGAGUGGCACAUUGGAGUGCCCACCUCAAUCUGCAAAAAUGGAGAGACGCAGAGGCCUAUGUUGGUGAUCGUGCAGAACCCAGGCUUUUCUGCCUUCGCUAUCAAUGACGAAUUUGGAAAAAACCCAAAGAAGCCAGAAGAUGCCCUCAGUGAUUCCCCUAACUGUCAGACAUGCCCCUCCCUGGCACCCCCGGCGACAUUAAAGGGUAAUGACUCAUCUUCUUCCUUGUUUGACCACGAUGGAUUGCAACUUCGGUUACGAAGUUCUGGCGAUCUUUCGACUAGUACAGAAUCUGGCAGCUGGAGAGACAAAUCUGGAUCUUGCGAGCGGGUUGUGAAGGAGAGUGGUAGAUCGGUUGAUGUCAAGGAAGAGAAGAGUUUCCUGAACGAAGUGAUAGUAGAUGUGAAGGGGUUGAGGCGCAACUCUUGUCUGCCCUUCGAGAAUUCUUGUAGUGAUUCGCGGACGUUGCAUUCAAGAUCUAAUUCAAGUAUCGUCUUACAAGGGUUGCCCAUCCACCAAUCAGGCAUUGUAUGAUUCAAGUCGACCACAACUCCUUUUUGUUCAUACAACCGGCUACCUUCUCAAAGCUUCGUUGUACAUGCAGAUGGUUUUUGUUGCUUUAACUAAGAUCUAUCUGGCAUGGAUUCUUCGAUCUGCAGGCCAUCUUACUAACCAGGAGAAUAAAUGGUUGUACAAUGUACAUAUGUAGAGUAGCUCAGCUUCCCUUGGGAACAGCUUGAGGAAGUAUAAAGGUUUAGAUUCUUAUGCGAUAGUGAAUCCUUGUGGGGAGACUGAACACGGAAAAUGCUGCUUUGUGAUCAAAAAGUUGCGGGGUAUUCUGAAGUUUGCAGAGUCGCCAGCCAAAGGGCUGAAUCUGUUCAUGGCUGUUCUGCCUUUCUCAACAGUUGUACUAUAUCCAUUUAUGCAAACAGUGCAUAUUGAAUCAAAUUCAGCUCAUGAAUGCGUGACUGACGGUUUGUAUC